AUUCCCCAUUUUCUUUUCUUCUCCUUGGUUCAGUGUCUUUGAAGAAAAAGAGAGAAAAGCUCAGGAUUUUGAUGAAUGUUAAUGGGGUAAAGGAAUGAGAUGGGGUGGUGUGGUGAGGUGAGGUGACAAAGACAACACUCCAUCUCUUGCUUCAUUUCGAGAAACAGGAGGAGGAAAGGGAAAGGUUUUUGCUUUCUUCUAUCCCAGAAAAUUCCAUUCCCUUUCUUGUUCUGCCUUUGGUCGGUCUUAACUACUUGGCAGGAUGGGGGAUCAUUUUGUCUUGCUGAUGGACCAACUACUAACUGAAUCCACUCUUGAAGCUGCUAUUGAGAGAAAUAACAAAUUACAGCAAGCCAUGUCUUCAGCAAGUAAAGAUAAUAUGGCUGAUUUUUCUUCCAAUAUGAUGGAUGAGCAUAUUGGUUCAUCCCAUGGCAAGUUGGUACAAUGUAGAAUUUGCCAUGAUGAGGAUGAAGAUUCAAACCUGGAGAUACCAUGUUCUUGCUGUGGUAGCUUGAAGUAUGCUCACCGCAAAUGCAUACAGAGGUGGUGCAAUGAAAAGGGUGACACCACCUGCGAGAUUUGCCAACAGCAAUUUACGCCUGGUUAUACGGCACCAACCCCUUUGUUUCAUUAUGGUGGUAUUCCAAUGAACUUUCGGGGAAAUUGGGAAGUGUCCAGGAGGGACCUGCAGAAUUCUCAUUUUAUGGCAAUGGUGACUACCACUGAUCAUGAUUUUCUGGAGCCUGACCUUGAUGACUAUGCUCCCAGUUCUAGAAGCCUAUUAUGUUGCCGUGUUGUUGCUAUAAUUUUUAUGCUUCUCCUGGUUAUGCGUCAUACUCUGCCUGUCAUUAUUAGUGGACCUGGAGAUUAUUCAUUGACUCUAUUCAUGUUACUAAUGUUGAGAACAAUUGGGAUAUUGUUGCCUAUAUAUAUUAUGGUUAAAGCACUCACUGCUAUCCAACGUGCUCGCCGACACCAACAGGAUCCCCGUUUUUCAGUUGCCUCAUCAGAUGAAGAGAAUGAGUUGCCACAGCUGCGGCAGCCUCAGUCUCGCUUAAUUAGCAUAUAGUGACUGUUGUUUUGCCCCAAGGAAUCCGGUGGUUCUGAUACGAAAAGAGAAAAGGAGCAGGGACUAUGAUGAUGGUCUAUAAUAGCGGAAGCAUUCAGAAGGGCAAAAAGAUCAUAAUAGGGAAGAAGUUUGGCCUUCAUAUCGUAUAUAACUGUAGCUUAGGAGGUGAAAAUUCCAUAUCUAUUACAGAAUAAUGGGAACGACUCCCAAAUUGUCAAGCAAAAUGACAGUAGAUGUAAACGGUUAC